UGACGUUUGACUUUUGAUGUUUAUGUCAACAAUAAGAAAUGACAUCAGCUGUUCAAUAAUUCAAUUAAAUUCUAAUCCACAUCAUUUUUAGCAAGUUUCCAAUAUUCUCUAAUUUUUUAAGAUGGAAGGUAAUAAAGAUGAGGCAACCCGUUGCAUCGAAAUGGCUGAGAAAUUCAUCAAAGAACAAAACAGAGAUAAAGCUGAAAAAUUUUUACAUAAAGCUGAAAGAUUAUUUCCAACCCAGAAAGCUAAAGAUCUCCUCAUCCAGAUCAGUCUGAUGGCCCCAAAUAAAUCUGAACCCACUCAACCUCGAAAGAGGACUGUUCAUCAAAAAAGUGAAGACACUGAGAAGAAAUCAAAGGAUUACACAGAAGAACAGGAAGAGGCUGUUAAACGUAUCAAAAAGUGCAAAGAUUACUAUGAGAUUUUAGGGAUCAGUAAGGAUGCAACUGAUUCAGAAAUAAAAAAAGCAUAUAAGAAGCUGGCUUUACAAAUGCAUCCUGAUAAAAAUAAGUGUCCAGGUGCCUCUGAAGCAUUCAAAGCAGUGGGUUAUCAGUCUACUAGCAUUCAGCUAUUUAAGCAACAAAAUGGUUACACCGCUUUCAUUCAGAUCUUACCCAUACUAUUGGCCAUUUUGCUUUCAAUGGCUUCCAGUUUCUUCAUAUCUGAUCCAGCUUACAGCUUACAGGCUAGUUCAAAGUAUCCCGUAUUAAGAAAGACAAUGAAUUUGAACGUACCGUAUUAUGUGAAGGAGAACUUCCACAUGGAAUAUCAAGGUUCUGUCAAGAGGCUAGAGAUGUCAGUUGAAGAGGAUUAUGUGCAGACCCUUAAACACGCUUGCUACAGGGAGAAAAGUUACAAGGAAUCUAUGAUAUGGAAGGCUAGGAAUUUUGGUGACCAAGAGCUAUAUCAUAAUGCUCAAAACAUAAAACUACCAUCUUGUGAACAGCUACAAAACCUAAGAGCCAGAUAACUCAAUUUGUUUCUAAUUAAUUAAUUGCUCGUAGGUAUUUACUGUCUGUAUAUUGAAAAAGUAAGUAGUUUAGAAACACUUGAUAUUAAAAUUAAAGUAAAGGCUUUGCUGAGUGAAGACGAUUUAAGUUAUAUAUAAUAACAUAUGGAAGUCUAGUCAGUAUGGAAUGUUACACAGACUGUUCUUUUUUAUUCAGAUUAAUAACUACAUUGUACAGUUCUUGAACAAUUAUUUUGUGUGAAGGAAUCGGACGGAAUAUUUCCGUUUUCUUUUGUCGUUUGGCUUGAAAAUAAAUGGGAAAACAUU